AUGAAGGACGUGACGCGGUUGAAGGUGAUGCACGGCGAGACGUGCGACGUGACGACGUCGCUGAUGCUUCGCGACCCGAGGGACCAGUCGAGGUCGUUUUACGACUAUUACGUCGCGAAGCAUCAGAAGGGUUUAGGACAGAAUCAAAAAGACGCCCCGGGGCGGACGAAGCGGAUCUGGCCGGAUCUGGAAGGACCGCGCGCGUGGGGCGAAUCCUUCGAGGAGUGGACGUCGCUUCCGAACGCGUGGAACAUGCAGACGCGCGAGCUCCUGGGGAACAAGUGCACGGCGUCGAUGCGUCAGCCGGGAUGGAACGUGGACGCGACCACCGGCGCGAGAGCGAAACCGAUGUUCACCGCGGGCGCGGAUCCGAACGCGUCGGACGACGACGACGCGAAGACGAAUUUUUUGUCGGACAAGAUGUCGGACAACACAACCACGGAAGACGACGCCGCUACUACCUCGGGGUGCGACUACCUCGUCACCGGGGAGGACUACGCGCGCGCGGCGAAGACGGUGGAAGCGUUCGACGUCGUCGGCGUCGUGGACGCGUUCGACUCUUUCUUGUUGCGACUGGGCGCGAGCGUCGGCAUCUCGCACGAGAAGCUGCGGUACGUGCGAAGCAACGUGAAGAAGGAGGACGAAGAUAACGGCGGAGACGACGCGGGCGUUACGUCAUCAUCUACGACUAAGACGACGAAGACGACGCACCCGCGUUCGAUGGUGUACGACGAGCGGCUCUACGCGCUCGCGAAAAAGCUCGCGAACUCGACGCCGCCGAUUCCGGCGCUCGGCGCGUUCAAAGCCGCGACGGUCGGCGCGAACGUCGGCGGCGCGCCGCUCGCGAGCCCAUACCGAUGGGUCAGCGCGAAAGACGCGAGGGAUGCGAACGUGAAGCCGGCGACGCCGGACGCGUUCACGGACGCGACGGGCGGCGGUCAGGCUGUCGCGUACAUCAACUUCGACGACGUCGUCUUGGCGCGCGCGGAGGACGCGGAGGACGCGGGCUUGAAGUGCGUCAAAGGGUGCAACCUCGACGCGGCGGCGGCGGCGUCGGAGUGAUGGAGUGAUGGAGUGAUGGAGUGAUGAACGUUCUAAUAGAAAAAAACGCACACCUUCCGA